AUGAAUUCUGGCCAGUUUAUGGUUCGCAAAGUGAAGUUUAUGGCAGGUCAGCUGACAACAGCAGCGGGCUUCUUGGUCCUCCUAUCUUCAUCCUGCCUGGUGGCCUUACUUUGGAAAAGCAAGAAAAGACACGUGCCUGGUAAAGAUCUCUACCUGUAUCUCAUUCAGUUGCUGAGCCUGGCGCUUUCCUCGUACCUUGUGAAAAACACCCACAGCAGUCUGGAAAGCAAGCAAGGAUUGCCUUUAAUAAAUCAAGUUAUGAGCUGGACAACGCUAGCUUCAUCCUUGAUCGUACCACUGUUAAGCUCUACAGUGCUCUUCUUGAGGCUCCUGAGCAUUUUCCUUUCACUGAUGUCCACGUACCUUCUGCUUAGCACAGGAUAUGAAGCGCUUUUCCCACCAGCCUUGACAUUGUUAAUGUUUGUGUGGAUUACUAUGGAACAAGAAGCGCGGAAAAGUUAUGGAGUUUCACUGAAGCCAAAGCUUGCUGCUCUCAGCUUUUCGCACACGGCCGAUAUAACUGAAUUUCGACAACUGCACGUGGGUGACAUCAGGCGAUCUUUUUUCUACGUUUUUUUCAUAGUGACAGCCUUUUUCGGGACUGGAAACAUUGCUUCUAUCAACAGCUUUGAUCCAGCCUCUGUCUACUGUUUCUUGACCGUCUUCAGCCCUUUCAUGAUGGGAGGCUUGCUACUGUGGAAGAUCGCAAUCCCUUUUCUUCUCGUGUCAUGUGCUUUCGAAGCUGUUCAAGUCACUACACAGCUGUCAUCUAAAAGGCUUUUUCUCAUUGUUCUUGUGAUUUCAGACAUCAUGGCUUUGCACUUCUUUUUUCUGGUUAAAGAUUAUGGAAGCUGGCUGGAUAUCGGAACAAGCAUUAGCCACUACGUCCUGGUCAUGUCCUUUGCCAUCUUCUUGAUGCUUUUAAGUGGACUGUCCCAGCUGCUGACCACAAAGAGACUAGAGCUGUGGAAAAGAACCAAGCGCCAUUCAUUGUGACCAAAUGAAUG